UUAUCGAUUUAGAAAAUUCCGAAAGAGCGUUUCUUGGGAGCAAAAAGCUGACCGAAUAUUUGUUUUUGUAGCAGUCAAAAGAAUGGGGUCCGAAAAGAAAGAAGAUUUUAAAAUAACAGAAGACGAGGUGAAGAAAAUAGGAGAAGCGUUAAAAGAUGAACAAUUUAGGAAGUUAUUUUUGGAAUAUGCCGAAGAAAUCCAAAACCCUGAAAAUCGAAAAAUUUAUGAACAAGAGAUAGCACAAAUGGAACAAGAACGUGGUAUGAACGUAGAGUUUAUCCACCCGCAGCCGGGUCAUGUCUUGAAAACCAGCGUUGAUGGUAACGUGAAAGCGUUCAUCAAUAUCUGUCAGAAUGACAAGAUGGGUAAACCGGUUGCAAAACGUCAAGUUUCAUCAGAUGGCAAAAGUGGUGUUAAUUGGUCGAUACCUCACUCGCAUUCACCUCCAAGAGAUGAUCUUGACAAACAUAAACAAAAAUGUAGAGUAUAUGAUGUAGUAUUUCACCCAGAUACCUACAGAAUGUCAAAGUCAAACAUACGAUUCAGAGGUCUUGUUGAAGACACAGCUAUUGAUGGUAUUGAGCGGCAGUUUGGAGUGAAAGUUGACAGAAAGAAUAUCAAACGGCCUAAUUUGCCAUACAAAGGUACACCUACUGCCACUGUUAUUCGUUCAAAAGCAAACGAACCAGCCAAACCACUGGAUGAAGAUGAUCCAAUAAGGAAAAUGCCUUAUCCAUUUGAUGAAAAAUCAAGCGAAGAAAAGGCAAAAGAAAUGGCUGAUGCUGUUAAAAGGAAGAAAGAAGCAGAAAGUAAAAAAGCAGGGAAAACUAAAAGAAAUGAAGCAGAAAAAAUAGUUGAAGAUGACGCUACAGUUCCUAAGUAUACCAUUACGCAUAGAUCUGACAUGGAUUUACAAGAGUACAGAAAUACUCCUGAUUCAAGGCCUAGUACCCGUCCAAAAGCUCUUGUCAUUUCAAUUGAAUUACCUUUACUUUCUAAUUCAAAGCCAGUGGAGCUUGAUAUAUUUGAGCAAAAACUUGUACUUCAGUCUAAAGAACCAGCAAAAUACAAGUUAGAUUUAAAAUUGCCAUAUGCUGUCGAUGAAAGUCAGGGCUCAGCAAAGUUUGAUAAAUCAAAUAGAUGUUUAAUAGUUACAUUACCUGUUGUUCCAGAAGAGAUGCCAAAACUACCAAAUUUCAUUGAAGAAACAAAAUCUGAGAAUGAGCCUAAGACUGAUGAAGUGGAGAACAAGUUUGAGGCAGUUGAAAACCCUUUAAUAGAAGUUAUCAGCACAACAGAAGCUAAUGGCAAGCCAGUCUCAAAGGGGGAGGAAACCAUGAUUGAUGAUAAGAUUGGAAAUGAAUGCCCUGCAUACUUAAAUCAUACACCAAAGAUCUCAUAUGGAUUUCCCACAUUUGAAUUUUCACAAGAUAGUGAAACUGUAACAUUCUUAUUUAAAGUGAAAAAGAUAGUCCAUGAUUCUGUGUCUAAAUUGUUUCCGUUGCCCAAUGUAUGUCAUAUCAAAUUCAUGUCUAAAGGAUCUAGUGGCUUCCCACUUCAUUACAGCUUUCUUGCAAAGUUUUCGGCCAAAAACUGUUUUGUUCCAGAGCAUUGUAGCUUUGAUGUUUCUAAUGAUAAUGCUGUGUUGUUACUCCUGAAAGAGAAAGACAGCAGACAAACAUGGGAGACAUUUCAAGCUGGUACCAGUCUUGAGGAGCUUCAGGAGCUCCAGUUUGAAACAGAGAGGACAUUGCUGGAAGAGCUAGAAAGAAUAGAAACUGAGUGUGUGACGGGCAUUGAUAACAGUUUACUGGAAGAGAAAUCGAUUGAGGUUACAGAGAUGACAAGAAAAAAGUUAUCAAUUAAAAUUCAGAACAAGAAAAAAGCAGAAGAUAGGCCAACAGAGAAUACAAAACAGACUGGCGAUCGAGAAGCUGAUGAUGAGUUUGAGGAGGAAGAUGAGUGUCCUCUGUCUGCUGAUAUAGAGGUGGUUCACGAAAAAGUCAUUCCUAAUUUACAUGGCAUACUGAAACAAAGAACUAUAUCAGAAUCUAGUGAAGAUCCAUGUUUGUCUGCUAGUAGCAGUGGUAGCCCAGAAAGUCCUAGAGAUGAGUUUUUCAAAAAGUCUGUCAAAUUCAAUGAUAGGGUGGAUCAGGCCACGUUUAAAUCUAAAGCAGCUGUUUCACAAAUGACACAGGCCCUGAAGAGUAAACGUAGGCGGAACAGAAAGAAGGAAAAAAGAAGUCGUAAAAAUAGCGGAAGCUCUGACGGAAGUAGUGAUGAACAUAGAUUUUCAGAUGAUCAUAGUGAUCAUAGCGAUAAAAAUGUAGAAAUUAUAGAGGAGUUGACAAAUGAAGAGGUUGAUGAGGAAAAGAAUCAUAGUCAGGAAGAGCAAGAAUAUAUAGAUUCUGCUGAAACUUGUGUUGGAGAGACUAAUGUUGAUCAGCUUGAAUCAGAUAUUGGUAAUGAUUUGGUGCAGUCAGAUCAAACAGUUGAUCAGACCAACCCAAUCAGUGAUAAUGCUAAACAGGAAAAACUUAUCCAGAAUAUCAAGGAAAAAUUGGCAGUUUCUGAAAAGGACGACAAAUGUGAUAGUGAUGAUGAACUGGACAAUACUCCCAAUGAUGUUCAUAUCUCUGGAGACACAAAAUUGAAAGAAGAAAAUGGCAACGAAAAUUUUUAUAGUGAAAACGUGGAAGACCAAAUAGAAAGAAAUGAAGAGGAAAAUACUAUCAGCAUUCCGUCUAGUAUGAUUAACAAGCCAUCUGAUUUAACGAACAUUAUCGGCGAAGGUGAUUCUGUCAUCAAAAUUAAGGCAGCUGAGAAAACAAGUGGUGAAGAUUCUGGUGUGGAAUGUAGUGAAGGAAGUGGUGAUAAGGGAGACAAGUCAGAUGUGGAAACAGUACUCAGUUGGAAUGAUAAUCUUGAGUCUCAGGACCAUAGGACAGAAUGUGCAUUUCAGUUCUCUAAUGCUAUGAUUUACGAUCUCGAUAUUGACUAAAAUUGUGUUCCAAUGUGUAAUGGUGUAAUCAGGGGUUAUUUUUCACUUGUUGAUAACUUACUUGUUAAUUUGUACAAACGAUUUUUUAAUUGAAAUAAUUUAUAUUUGUAUAAAAGUAUUAAUACUUCAAAUUUUGAUAUGAAACAGAAAUUUAUGAACAUGCAUGCUAUUUUGAAAGAAAAGGGAAAAGAAAAUGUUUGAUUUGAUUAUUUUUGGUAGAAAUUUUUAAGCAUAUAUAUCCAUUAUAAGGUAGUCAUAAUCACAAUUAAAUUCAAAUGCCAUCCAAAUUUUGAAUAAAAUGUGAAGUACAUGUUCCUCCUUUAGCAGUUGACUGUUGUAAAUAUGAUACUGUAAGGUGUUAAAAGUAAUGGGUCUUAAAUCUUCAAGCAGGAGAUCUAGAGGAACUGUUGUAGAAAUUGACAAAAUAUCUGUAAAACAAAAUCAACUUCAUUGUUUGACGACAGCUGUGAACAUUGCAAAAAUGUUUGAAUGACAUAUUCAAGAUUAUAAGCAAAAUAAGAAACCAUAAAAAGUAACAUUCAUUUGGACCUUCUUUUUCUUGUGUCUCACCAAAUCUACAAAUUGUUUGAAAAGAAUAGUUUAAAUGGCAACUCUCUAACUUUUAUCCUUAUCCUGUUUAAAAAAAGAAACGCUGUGUAGAUCUCAGAUAUGUAUGUAUCUUUUUGUCAAUUUGAGUGUUAAGUGGUUUGUGUAAAACUUGUGUUAGAUGUAACAUAAAAUUGUAAAAUGGUUGUGCAAUGGAAAUUCAUUUUAAAUUAUUGAAAGCAUUUUCCUUCAUUAGUUAUAAAAGUUAUAUAAUGCUUGAUUAUCAGCAUUCUUACCAUGGUACAAACUUGGGAAAAGAAUCUUGAAGACAGCAUGUGGGAAAGAGCUUUUUUUUCAUUUUUGUUGUAAAGCCUAUAUUUUCAUUAGAGUUGCAUUCAAAUUGUGUUAUUUCAUGUAUUUUACAUUCUUAAAAGAAUAUAACACUUUUAAGUUAAAUCUUAGUUCUUGCUAAUUUACAUGGACGAGAAACUAAUCAUAGCUUUUAAAUAUGCUAAAGACACAGAUGUGGAAUCUAUGUAAACAUUUUGUACAGUAAAUUAUACAAAGCAAAUGGUUUAUUUCCUUUUACAGACAAAAAGUUUAACAAUCCUGUUGGUUGUAUGAUUGGCCGACUUUCAGAUUUUUAUACGACCGCAAACAAAUUUUGUGGUCGUAUAUUGGUAUGACGUUGGCGUCGUCGUCGUCCGGUGUCGUCGUCCGAAGACACAUUGGUUUUCGCACUCUAACUUUAGUUUUAGUGAAUGGAUCUUUUUGAAAUUUGACCAUAAGUUUAAAUACCACAAAAGGAAGGUUGGGAUUGAUUUUGGGGGUUAUGGUACCAACAGUUAAGGAAUUAGGGGCCAAAAAUAAGCAUUUUCUAGUUUCCAGACAAUAACUGUGGAACGGUGUAUGGAUCUCUCUGAAAUUAUACUACAAGUUUCCAUACCACAAAGGGAUGGUUAGGAUUUGCUUUGGGGGGUUAUGGCUCAAACCGUUUAGGAAUUAGGGGCAAAAAAGGGGGAAAAACAAGGUUGUCCUGGUUAAUGGACAAAUACUUUAGUACAAAACAUAAUUUAAAGCAGUGUAAGGGAGAUAAAUCAAAUACAUCAUUGAAAUUAUCUCCCUUACACUGCUUUUAAAUUAUGUAUAAAGUAAUGGUUAAUGAACAAUAAAGAUAAUUUAAAACAGUGUAAGGGAGGUAAUCCAAAUACAACGUUUUGGUUACUUCCCUUACACUGCUUUUAAAUUAUGUUUAAAAAAAUGCAUAUUUAUAAAGGAAGACCAGUAAAAAUAUCUGCAAAUGUUGCAUCUUUUUUUUUUACAAAAAAAUCCAUAUGAAAGAUUUGACACUAUAUUUUUAAUUCUAUUAUAAAAUAGAUUUAAGUUAGCACUAUGGUAAAUUUAAAUGGGUAAUUAUGGUUGCCAACUCCAUUGGAAAUUUGAAUUGAGAUUAUGACCAUAUCUUGAGGGAAAGAAUUUUUUGGGGGAAAAAAGGGGGGGGGGGAUAAAAAGAAAUUGUGGGGGGUCAAUUUUUUCUCAUUUCAGAUUUCAGAAAUUAAAAAGAAUUAUUCUUCAAAUAUUUUUUUUUUUUCAAAUUUCAAAUAUUGAAAAAUUUCAAGAAGAAAUCUUUAAUUGCACAGUAUGGCGCAUUAGAUUUGUAAAAUCUUUGAUCACAUUUAUUUAUUUGUUAUGCCGAAUCUAACAGUGUAUUUAGAUUUUUAAUUUUGGGUCCAUUUUUCAAAUUGGUCUACAUUAAGGUCCAAAGGGUCCAAAAUUAAACUUUGUUUGAUUUUAGCAAAAAUUGAAUAUAUGAGGUUCUUUGAUAUGCUGAAUCUAAACAUGUAUUUAGAUUUUUGAUUUUUGGCCCAGUUUUCAAGUUGGUCCAAAUUGGGGUCCAAAAUUAAACUUUGUUUGAUUUCAACUAAAAUUGAAUAUAUGGGGUUCUUUGAUAUGCUGAAUCUAACCAUGUAUUUAUAUCUUUUAUUUGUGGACCCCGUUAUCAAAUUGGUUCAUAAUGAGGUCAAAAGGGUCCAAAAUUAAACUUUGUUUGAUUUCAUCUAAAAUUGAAUUAUUGGGGUUCUUUGAUAUUCCAAAUCUAACCGUGUAUUUAUUUUUAAUUUUGGGUCCUGUUUUUUAAAUUGGUCUACAUUAAGGUCCAAAGGGUCCAAAAUUAAACUUAGUUUGAUUUUAACAAAAAUUGAAUUCUUGGGGUUCUUUGAUAUGCUGAAUCUAAACAUGUGUUUAGAUUUUUUGAUUAUGGGCCCAGUUUUCAAGUUGGUCCAAGAUAGGGUCCAGUAUUUAAACUUUGUUUGAUUUUAACAAAAAUUGAAUAUAUGAGGUUCUUUGAUAUGCUGAAUCUAAACAUGUGUUUAGAUUUUUGAUUAUGGGCCCAGUUUUCAAGUUGGUCCAAGUUGGGGUCCAAAAUUAAACUUUUUUUGAUUUCAACAAAAAUUGAAUAUAUGGGGUUCUUUGAUAUGCUGAAUCUAAUCAUGAAUUUAGAUUUUUUAUUUGUGGACCCCGCUAUCAAAUUGGUUCAUAUUGAGGUCAAAAGGGUCCAAAAUUAAACUUUGUUUAAUUUCAUCAAAAAUUGAAUUAUUGGGGUUCUUUGAUAUUCCAAAUCUAACCGUAUAUUUAGAUUUUUAAUUUUAAGUCCUGUUUUUUAAAUUGGUCUACAUUAAGGUCCAAAGGGUCCAAAAUUAAACUUAAGUUUGAUUUUAGCAAAAAUUGAAUUCUUGGGGUUCUUUGAUAUGCUGAAUCUAAACAUGUGUUUAGAUUUUUGAUUAUGGGCCCAGUUUUCAAGUUUGUCCAAGUUGGGGUCCAAAAUUAAACUUUGUUUGAUUUUAACAAAAAUUGAAUAUAUGGGGUUCUUUGAUAUGCUGAAUCUAACCAUGUAUUUUGAUUUUGGACAUUGGACCAUAAUAGGUAAAUUAAAAAAAUUCAAGUUCUUAGACCACAUUCUUUCUGUGUCAGAAACCUAUGAUGUGUCAAAUAUUUAAAAACAAUCCAAAUUCAGAGCUGUAUCAAGCUUGAAUGUUGUGUCCAUACUUGCCCCAACUGUUCAGGGUUCGACCUCUGCGGUCGUAUCAAGCUGCGCCCCAGCGAAGCAUUUUAUUUAUACAUGUAUAUCUAAAUUUCAAUUAAUAUAACAUGAGCGAUGAUUUAUUGGCGCUUACAGAAUAAUAUGCAAGCAUGCUCGUAUGGUCUUGUGGAUGCACAAUGAAUGGUUUCAUUUAUUCAAAUUUUCAGGGAAAAAGCAGCAGUUUGGCAUACAUAGAAGUUUCCUAGCUUAUCAGCAUAUCAUCAGGAUAAGUUAUUUUCUGUGUUGGUUGUUCUACUCAAAUGGUAAUACCACAGUUCUUUAUAUUGGCUGAUACAUUUGAAAUAUUUUAUAUUUUUAUAUUUAGAUGUAAGGAGGGGGUCAUAAAGUAUCAGUUGUGGUUAAUAAUUAAAAUUAGAGAUUACAAGUUGAAGUAAAAAGACUGUAAAUAAUGCAAGAAAUGGUUCAUUGAGAUUCACAAAAAACAAUUGGCUUCUUUUUGCUAUUCACAUUUGAAUUAGAAAAGAGAAACAUUGAUUUAUUUUACCAUCUACAUUUUCUUCACGACAAAAACAUGUUUUUUAAGGGUUUUCAUCAUUAACAAGGUAACAAAGUUAAAGGUUCAAGUGUAGUGCAAAAUUGUUCCAGCAGUGUUUACUGAUCAUGAUGUCACAAGAAAAGUUUAUACGUAAGUCAUCCUAUCUGUUGAUACUGUUGAAAUGGCUAUUUACGUUAUGAAAACAAAUUAUUUUUGAUGUACAAGUUUGUAUCAGGUAUUGUUAUUGUAUAGUUUUUUUUUGUCAUUGAAAUAAAUUUACAAAUUGUAAUUGA